AAUAUAAUUCAACAAGAUGUCAAAAGAGCAUGCUUAUUGAACUUGGAUGUAAGAAGCCAACCGAUUCUAUAUAAAUUAAAACUUGAUCAAUCAGUGACGACAAUCCCUACUGUCGGUUUCAACGUGGAAACAGUGACUUACAAAAAUGUUAAAUUUAAUGUUUGGGACGUUGGUGGCCAAGACAAGAUUCGUCCACUUUGGCGCCAUUAUUAUACAGGAACCCAAGGUCUUAUAUUUGUAAUUGACUCACAAGACCGCGAUCGAAUAGAUGAAGCACGCCAAGAGCUACAUCGAAUUAUUUCUGAUCGUGAAAUGAAGGAUUGUUUACUUUUA